AUGUCCAUGAUUCCAAGUGAUAAAUGUAGGACUAACAACCCUCUGCCUUUUCUUCACAAGCAAUAUCAGCCAGGAGAUUUCCUAGUUGUGGGCAUUUUCUCUCAGAUCUACAUCUACUAUAGAAUGAUAGACUUCAGGAAACAUCCAUCUAAAGAGCUUUUUGGCGCCACUGUGGUCAUAACUCCAAUGUAUCAGCACAUCCUCGCUUUAGAAUUUGCCAUCAUGAAAAUCAAUAAAGAUCCAUCUAUUUUACCAAACCACACCUUGGGGUUCCAUAUCUAUAAUGCCUACUUUGAUCCAACUUGGACAUACCGUGCCUCAUUGGAGCUCUUCUUUACAAAGGGACAAUUCAUACCUAACUACAACUGUGAUGCUCAAAACAGACCAAUAGCAGUCAUUGGAGGACCUUCAUCUGACAUCUAUCUAUACAUGGCUAAUAUCCUUUCCCUGUACAAGAUGCCGCAGAUAUUGUAUGGUUCAGCUCCUGAAGUUAGGACAAAAGACCAAGCUCCUUUUUACCAACAGAUGUUGCCAAAUAUGAACAUUCAGUACAGGGGAAUUUCUCAGUUAUUGCUAUAUUUCGCAUGGACAUGGGUGGGUAUGUUGUUAGUAGACAACGAGAGUGGUGAAAUGUUUCUGCGCAGGGUGCUUCCCAUGGCUACCCAGAGUGGCAUCUGCUUUGACUUCGUUGCAAGAUUUCCCAAUCCUGUUCAUUCAAAUAAUCUGAAAAAGAUGGUCGAAAUAGGACUUAAUAUGUACAGAUUGGUUAUGAAAAGUAAUGUCACUGUGGUAGUAGUUCACGGUGAAAGUGGUAACAUGAUAACUCUAAGAUUUCUUUCCAGUAAUUUGAAAGAUAAUGAUUUCCCACUAUGGACAAAAGGGAAAGUUUGGAUUAUGACGAUCCAAAUGGAUUUCACAUCAAAUCCCGUUCACAAAAAUAAGGAUAUGGUUUUCCUUCAUGGGGCUUUAUCUUUUGCAGUUCAUUCAGAGAAGGUUCUGGGAUUCAAGCAAUUUGUUCAGAUGAGAAAACCUAUCUUGGAAAAGGAAGACAGUUUUAUCAAGACCUUCUGGAAAAAUGCCUUUGGGUGUUCCUUCCACACAUCUGUAAUAGAAAAGGCAAAUGGGGCCACUUGUACUGGAAAGGAGAAACUGGAGGUCCUUCCUACAUCUGUCUUUGAUAUGGAAAUGAGUGGCCACAGCUACAGUGUCUACAAUGCUAUCUAUGUGGCUGCACAUGCUUUGCAUGACUUCGUUUCAUCUAUAAUGAAAUACAGAGCAGGGGGGGAAGUCAAGGGGAAACUUUUGAAUCAACAUCUAUGGAAGUAUGGACAGACCCAGCCACUUUCACUCUGUAAUGGGAAGUGCUAUUCAGGCUACAGUAAGAUUAAAAUAGAAGGGAAACUAUUUUGCUGCUAUGACUGUCUCCGAUGUCAGGAAGGGAUGAUUUCUAACAGGGAGGACAUGGAUGAAUGUUUUCAAUGCCCAGAAGAUCAGUAUCCCAAUGAGGAGCAGGUUUUGUGUCUCCCCAAAUCUGUAACAUUCUUGAACUACAAAGAAACCUUGGGAACAGUUAUGGCUAGUUCUUCUCUUUUCUUCUCUUUAAUCACAGUUGGAGUCCUUUGGAUCUUUAUUAAGCAUCAGGAGACUCCCAUCGUCAGAGCUAACAACCAAAACCUCACAUAUGCCCUCCUUGUGGCUCUCCUGUUAUCAUUCCUCUGUACUUUGCUAUUCAUUGGGAAGCCUCACAAAGUGACAUGUCUCCUUCGUCAAACUGCUUUUGGCAUCAUCUUCUCAGUGGCCAUUUCUUGUGUUUUGGCCAAAACCAUCAUUGUGGUUCUAGCUUUCAUGGCUACCAAGCCAGGGUCCAAGAUGACCAAGUGGGUGGGGAAAAGACUUGGCACGUUUAUAGUAUCCUGCUGCUCCUUUAUUCAAAUUAAAAUUUGUGUUAUAUGGCUGAUCAUCUCUCCCCCAUUCCCAGAUGCUGACAUGAAGUCAAUAGCAGAAGAAAUCAUUCUGGAGUGCAACAAAGGAUCUGCCUUCAUGUUUUACGGUGUCUUGGGUUAUAUGGGCUUCCUUGCCAUUGUCAGUUUCACACUGGCCUUCCUAGCAAGGAAAUUGCCUGAUGCUUUCAAUGAAGCCAAGUUUAUCACCUUCAGCAUGUUGGUCUUCUGUAGUGUUUGGUUGUCCUUUAUUCCAGCAUAUCUGAGUUCAAAGGGAAAAUAUAUGGCUGCUGUGGAGAUCUUCUCCAUUAUAGCUUCCAGUGCUGGAUUACUGCUUUGUAUCUUUUCUCCCAAGCUGUACAUCAUUGUGCUGAGACCUGGUUUGAACAAAAAAGAGCAGCUCAAAAGAGAAAAGGACAGAAUAACAUAA